AUGAUGGCGGAAAUUAUAAAAGGAGAGGAUUUAUUAAAACAUGACUAUAUUAAAAAGAGGUUAAAGGAGCAUAUAGGGAUGAACUAUUUGAUUGGAUUCCCAACUGAGACGGUAUACGGAUUAGGUGGUAAUUCAUUAAGUGAAAAGUCAUUGACAAAUAUAUUUCAGAUGAAAAAUAGACCCAUAAGUGAUCCAAUAAUUUCUCAUGUAUAUGAUGUAACACAAGCAUAUGAUCAGUUGUAUCAUGUAAAUGUUUUUGAAAAAUAUAUUAUUUAUAUAUUAAAUAAAAAUUUCUGGCCAGGUCCUUUAUCUAUUAUAGCUAAAGGAAAAAAAGAUUUACCAUUGAUUUUAACAGCUCAUACAAAUUUUUGUGCUGUUCGAAUACCAAAUAAUAGAAUUGCAAGAGAGAUUAUAAAAAUUUGUGGAAUACCAAUUGCUGCCCCGUCAGCUAACAAAUUUCAGCACAUAAGCCCAACAAAUUCUUUGCAUGUUUUUGAAGAGUUUCAAAAUGAAAAUAUUUUAAUUUUUGAUGAUGGUCAGUGUGAUAUAGGAAUCGAAUCGACUGUUUUAAAGAUUACAAAAUUUAGGAAAGGGAUGUGGAACAAAGGGGGAAGUGUUUCUAGCGGCCUUAAUGGUUGUGUCUGUCAUAGUAAUGAUAAUAACAGUAACAGUAAUAAAUAUAGUAGUUUUCAUAAUAUUGCUAAUAACAAUAAAAUUAAUGAGCAUAAUAGUUAUAGUAAUAUUCCUAAUGAUAGUAAUUAUGGCGAUGAUUACAGCCAUAGAGAGGAAAUAACCACUGAUGAUGAAUAUGAAAAGGAAUAUACUGAAGAAAUGGACUAUUUAAGACAGGGUUUAAACUGCAAAGGAGCGUAUACAGAUUUAGAAAUAUAUGAAAAUUUAAAAAAUAUAUUUGAUUCUAUUGAAGAGAGGAAAGGAAAAGAGGUUAAAAAAUACAUUUUUGAGAAAAUUGAAAAGUAUAAACGUUUGUAUAAUUAUCGAAUUAAAAUUUACAGGAGAGGCAAGUAUACGAAAGAUGACAUUGAAUAUGUUUUGAAGCACAACAGUUUGUUAAGUGAUAUACAGGUUGAUUUAUAUGAAAAAAUAAAAUUUGAAAAUAUUGGGCUUUUUCAAAACAGGGAAAAGGGAAUUUGCAAAAAUGGUAGCACCAUCAAAGGAGAUAAAUAUAAAAGUCAGAUGAAUGGGAAUGAAAAUACAAAUCAUGGCCAGAAUGGGAAUGAAAAUACAAAUCAUGGCCAAAAUGGUAAUGGAAAUGCAAAUCAUGGCCAGAAUGGGAGUAGAAAUACAAAUCAUGGCUCGCAGGAGAGUAGAAACAUGAAUAACUCCUCGAUUAAUGAUGUAUGUGUGUAUGAAAUGAACGGUGAGAAGGAAGGCUGCUUCGCGAAGUGUGAAUAUAACAAAUCAGAAGAGGAGGAAGAGAAGAACGAAGUAAGUCCAGGAUUACUUUUAACCCAUUACAGUCCACUCGUUUCUACAUACAUGAUAGAUUUAAUUUAUGAUAAUGAAAAUAAGGAAAUGAUGAAAAAUAAAAUUUCAAGUAUCAACUUGUUGAAGUGUAUAUGUUUAGAUAUAGGAAAUACAUUUUUAAAUUAUCAGGAUCGUUUCUUAAAAUAUAUUAAUAUAUCAUAUGAUAAACGUUUGCAAAAAAAAGAGCAGUUAAAUUAUGUAAUGAAGAAUUUUUUUUUAUACCUAAGACAGGCAGAAAGUUUAGCAAUCAAACAUCAAGCGGAGAACAUACUUAUAUCAGUCGUUCACUUGAAGGUAUCCGACGAGGUUUCUUUAUCCAUUUUUGAUCGAAUAAUUAGAUCCGCAUCGGGAAAAUUGUUAAAAUGUUAUAUCAACAAAAACGAGCAGUUUGAGGUUUUUAAAUCGUAG